UAAAUUUUAAAACUUCCAAUUGAAUCAACUCAAAAAACAGAGCUUCAAAGAGAGGAAAGCAGAGAUGGGACUCAAAAACAGAGUAGAAGAAGAUAGCUAUUCAAUGAACGAAGCUCUGCUGCUUGCUACCAUGUCCAUCAUUGGUCUGCCAGUGGAUGUGCAUCUGAAAGAUGGCUCUGUUUACUCUGGAACCUUCCACACUGCUUCGGUUGAGAAGGAAUAUGGUAUUGUUUUGAAGAAAGCAAAAUUGACUAGAAAGGGUAGAUGUGCCACCAAUGUUGCAAAUGGCAGUGUAGUAGAGACUCUUGUAAUCCUCGCUGGUGAUCUUGUUCAAGUUGUUGCUAAGGGAGUCCCUCUUCCUUAUGAUGUGUCGAAAGUUGUUGCCGAAGUCUAUGGGAAAUACAAAGGAAGCUUCAUAUCAGACAAGAGAUGGACAAACGUUGGAAAGGGUGAAGAUGCUUCUGGUGCCACUAUUGCUGAGAGACAGGUAGGAGAUGAUAGGUCACUGCUUUUGCAGGAUGAAUAUGACCAAAUAUUUGAGGUUCAAGUGAAGGAGAAUAACAAGGAAGUUUGGUACUCAGUUUCAAGCUAUGAGUCCUCCGCUGUUGACACUCUUAUGCCAGUAAAACCAGUUAAGGAAGGGAAAACCGGGAUGACAGUUAAACUUUUACUGAGUGGAACAUCUGAAGAUGCUCCAGUGAAUGAUAAACUUGAAAAUCAAAGCCGUGAGAGGCGCACUGCAACAGAAAUUCACGAAGAUCCAGCUUGUUGUGGUGUUUCAACUUCUAGUCCAGUUACAGAUGUUUCCCUAGAAUCAUGCCACAGUUCAUUUGCUGCUCCAACUCCCACUGCAACAGACAUUCACCAUGAUCCUGUUUGUUCUGGUAUUUCAACUUAUACUCCAGCUGCAGAUGUUUCCCCAGAAUCAUGCCAGGGUUCAUUUGCUGCUCCAACUCCUAUAAACCCUCCACAAAAUUUAGAAUCGAAUAAAAACUCCAGGGAAUUUAAGCUUAAUCCCGGAGCAAAAGUUUUCUCUCCAUCUUUUGCAACUGCCAUAUCAGCGGCUUCUCCUAUGGUACCAACAAUAGCAAAUGUGUGUUACAUGCCAGGCAACUCUCCUAUGAUAGCUGUUGCUGGUUCUCAGCCAGACAUUGGGAUGGGCACUUUUGCAGCUCAUUCCUCUGCUCCUUCUAAGUUUGUCUCCUAUGGUAAUAUAACACCUGCAACUGGUGUCGGUGUCACUCAAUUUUCUCAACAUAUUGUUGGCCAUAUGGGGGGUAGAACUCAGCCAUUGAGAUAUGCUGGUCAAUAUCAUCCUGUUCAGGCUACACCACCAGCAUUCUUGAAUCCAAAUUCGCAAGCAGUCAUGUUUGGACGACUGGGGCAGCUCGUUUGUGUGCCUGUUUCUCAUGAUUUGGUUCAGGGUGCAGCAGCUCUCUCUCCAGUACCGGCCUGUUCUCUGACUGCGCACCAUGUCCAAUUUCCAAAACACCAAGGAAGUGCAACAGGCCAAGCAUUUCAGCAUUGUGUACCUCAACCUUUCAUUGCCGGUGGACAGCAACCAUUGGCGGUACCAAGCCACAUUCUAUUUCUACAGCCUCAUUUCCCUGUUAAUCAUCCGAUACAAUUUCCAGGAUCUAAUGGUAUAUUUAGUGCAAAGCUUCCAUAAAAGUUUGUUACUUCAUUAGUAUUACCCUUUUAUUUCUGUUUGUUUUAAGAUAAUGAUAGUUUUGGCCUCUAUAAGUUUUCAUUUUCGGUGAGCAUCAUCAUUGAGUCAGCUUCAUUUGUCGUUUCAUCUUCAUACAAGGGUUGUCCAUUUUUCCUUUCUUUUAUGGCUGAUUGAUGAUGCAAGACUUGAUACACAGGUGCUUGGGAAACACCUUUUGGACUAUAUAUUUCAAGGAGUCAAUGAUA